AUGGGGCUGGAAUGGGAACGGGACUGGGAUCGGGACCGGGACCAGUACAGAGACUGGGACCAGGACUGGGACCGGGAUUGGGACCAGGACCUGGCCCCGCCCCCCUCGGCCCGGCCCCGCCCACUCCGCCCAGGCCCCGCCCACCCCACGCUGGCCCCGCCCACCCCAGCCCUGGCCACGCCCCCUCGUCCCUCCGACGACCUUAUUCCCCCCUCCCCAUUUUCCCCCCACCCCCCCGCGCCUAUCCGCAAUGGUUCGCCCCGCCGCUCUCUGAUUGGCCAAUUCCUUAAAGGGGCCGGCAGCGCGCGCUUUUCCCCCCUCCCCCCCCCACCUCCAACCGGGGGGGAGCGCGCGCAACCCCCUCCCCCCCCCCCCCUUUUUAAACCCCCCAACGGGGGCGUUGCCAUGGAGACGCCGGACGGUGGCCGCCGAGGGACACAAAGGGCCGCGAGGCGGCGGCGGGCGGCGAGGCGCGGGGCCAUGGCGGCGGCGGCGGGGCCGGGAGGUGCCGGUGGUGGUGGGGGGGGUCCCGGUGGGGUCCCCCGGUACCGGCUGCUGGCUGAGAUCGGCCGCGGGGCUUACGGCGUGGUGUACGAGGCGGUGUCGGGCCUGAGCGGUGCCCGCCUGGCCGUGAAACGGAUCCGUUGCGACGCCCCCGAGAACGUGGAGCUGGCCCUGGCCGAGUUCUGGGCCCUCACCAGCCUGAGGAGGCAGCACCCCAACGUGGUGCGCUUCGAGGAGUGCGUGCUGCAGCGCCACGGCCUGGGGCAGCGCAUGAGCCACGGCAACAAGCGCAGCCAGCUCUACCUGCGCCUCGUCGAGACCUCCCUCAAAGGCGAGAGGAUCCUGGGCUACGCGGAGGAGCCGUGCUACCUCUGGUUCGUGAUGGAGUUCUGCGAGGGGGGGGACCUCAACCAGUACGUGCUGUCGCGACGGCCCGACCCGGCCACCAACAGGAGCUUCAUGCUGCAGCUGACCAGCGCCAUCGCCUUCCUGCACAAAAACCACAUCGUCCACCGCGACCUCAAACCGGACAACAUCCUCAUCACCGAGAAAUCCGGCACCCCCGUUCUCAAAGUGGCCGAUUUCGGGCUCAGCAAGGUUUGCGCCGGCCUCGGGGCUCGGGGCAAGAAAGGGGGGGGCCAGGAGAACAGGAACGUGAACGUGAACAAGUACUGGCUGUCCUCGGCUUGCGGCUCCGAUUUCUACAUGGCCCCCGAGGUUUGGGAGGGACACUACACGGCCAAGGCUGACAUCUUCGCCCUCGGCAUCAUCAUCUGGGCCAUGAUCGAGAGGAUCACCUUCAUCGACGCCGAGACCAAGAAGGAGCUGCUGGGGACCUACAUCAAGCAGGGGACUGAGAUUGUGCCCGUUGGGGAAGCGCUGCUAGAAAACCCAAAGAUGGAGCUGCACAUCCCUCAGAAACGCAGGACUUCCAUGUCUGAGGGGAUCAAGCAGCUCCUGAAAGACAUGUUGGCUGCUAACCCGCAGGAUCGACCUGAUGCCUUUGAGCUUGAAACCAGGAUGGACCAGGUUACGUGUGCUGCUUAAAUUCAGGGCAGGGCACCGCCGUGCUCUGCAGCUGGGUUUAUCUACCAGGGACCCGUAAUCUUCAAUAUUUACGUGCAACGGGGGAUGUCAAAGAUAAGGGAAGAAAGACGACGCAGCAGAUCCCUGGUCUCUGCAGGAUCUCUGGCAAUGUGAAUUUUUUGGGUGUUGCUUUUUGUUGGGAAAGAGGGGUUUUGGGGCGGUGGGGGAGGGCUGCAGGGGCCUGCAGAAGAGCACAGGCUGGGCAAUCACCGUGCUCACUGCUCCUGAGCGAGACCCAGAGAGCAGAGCUGCCCCUGCCCAGCCCUCCCCACGUCCCCUGUGCUGCAGUUUGACUCGGUAGAUGUUAAUUAAGAAGAUCUGGUGCCGUAAGGAGGUGGCAAUCAGCUGCCGGGCACGAGCACUGAGCCCAGCUGGGCACGGUUUGGGGUUAAAAGCUCUCGUUUCCACCUCGGGAAACGGGAGCGAGGCGAUUGCUGGGUUUGCACCGGGACUGCAAUGCUUUAGGAAAGGUGAGGCUCUGGAGCUGGGUAUUGCAAGCAGUAAAACUGAUGCCACAGCCACGCAGCCUCACACUGCUUGGGCUGCAGGUAGUUGGCGUUAGGAUAGAGCAGCAUGAACGAGCUGGAAAGGUGCUGGGGAAGGGAGAUCUGCCCUGGUUGUGGGCAGACCUAGACAGAGGGUGAUGGGGAGCCCCUAGGUACAUUUUUAGGCAGACAUUGUCUGCAGACAAGAGAAAUAGAAAGCAAUCCACUGCUCCGAACCAUUUACUGCCAAACUUCAGUGGUGAGGAACACCUGGGAGAAGAGGUUUGGCCUAAACGGCUCGUGGGCUGGAUUCCAGCCUCCUGCAGAUCACUUCUUCGUGCUGGGUGACUGUCUCCAGACGGUAAAGGCGACGCUGCUGGUCGGCUCUGGUCACUGUUACAGUUCAGUACAGGGCAGGCAGGGAGAUGGGAACCUCAGGCUGAGCAAUCAGCCCUCCAUCUCCCCCCCCCUGUAAUUAGAGCAACACUAAUAACGUUCUGGAGCUGCCCCUGGCUCGAUGCUCUUUAGACUUUGCUCACUGUAAAUGCAAUGUACAGCACCACCUCUACCACGUCUCCUCCAUCCUGCAGGGUCACAGCUAACUAAAACGCUUCCUAGCAGCCUAAAUCAGCUGGCACAGGUUUGGGGAGCAGGAGCGGGCACCUCCUUGUGCCCAGCGUGCUUUACUGACCUCCUGGGAAGAAAUGGAAAAGGAGUAGGCUCCGUGGGGGCUAAGGCAGAGCGAAAAUAGGGAAAGGGGAGGACAGAGCUGUUUUUUCUCCUCCAUCCCUCUGCUACUGGGCGUAGCACUGAGGCUACUGCUGCGGGGAGGCCAACUCUUUAGGAAAACGAUGCCAGCAGGAUCCAGCCCCUCUGUGUUUUGGUUCUCCAGCAGCAGACCCUGCAGCAGCCCAGCCGAGAGCUGAAGCCCCUCGCUCACAGGUACAGCGUUAGUGCCCUGACCUCUGGCUCGUUGUUCCUCCACCCAGCAGAGCUUUUGCUCCGUACUGACUGUUACAACCUGCCCCUGGCUUGAGCUGGUGGCCGUGGGGGGCUUCACCCUCCUGCCCUGCGCACAGGUUUCCCUGCUGGAAGGGCUCUUCACUGGGUGUUAACGUGCCAGGAGAAGGGAGCUGCCCAGCAGGAGGCUUGUGUGCGGAGAGCAAGCCCCAAAUUUAGGGCGUGGAGGUGGAAGGUGAGGGGCUGCCCUGCAGGAGCAAAGCUGAGAGCCCUGCUCCUCCCUGGGGGGGGCUGGCAAGCCUCAGAGCAGCUUGGUUGCCCCUCGUGGCCCUCCCAGCUCCAAGCCACCUCCCAGCCACACGUCUCCACCUCAGCUUUUGCAUUGCAGAUGUGUUUUUAAAGCAGCUUGAUGUUCGUGAGCUAGACCGUAGUGCCUUACUUAGGAGUUAGCAAACACUUCCAAGGACGAGUCCCAGGGCUGCUAGCCUUCGGCCAACGUGGCUGUUUCCCUGUUUAGUUUGUCCCUAAAAGCGUUUUUCCCCCUCCCCCCGAUGAUUUUUGCUGCUGUUCGUGCUCGACUCCCCCCAGCCGAUAGACGAAGCUGCCUUGUGUUUACAGCUCCUAGCAUCUCUCCUCCCAGGUACGUUGGCUCAGACCCCAAAUUCUUGCUCCUCCAGAGCAAGGGUUGUGCUGGGAGCAGCUGAAAACCUGCGGUCGCGCUGCUGGGAAAUUCAAGCUAAGGAAAAGCAAACACUAAAAACCUGCAGCGCCUUGCCCAGCUCGGGGCCAGGCCAUCUCCAGCUCUUGGAAGCAUCCGUGGGGACUGGUGGUUUUUGGGGGGGGGGGGAGCCAAGUGCCCUCUCCCCAAAUUUUACCACCCUGGAGGCUUGCGGAGCCCAGCCGGAGCCGUGCUGGGGGCGAUUGUAUGAAACUGUUUACUUCUGACUCUGCUGUUUACAAGAGGGAAGCGGGGUGGGUGGGGAGGGGGGGGAUAAGCCAAGCCUCAGGAGGAUUGGGAAACGCGUUAUCUGCACCAGCCUGCGCUGUUGUGGGACCUCCCGGGCAGCUGCAGGCCCUGGGGAGGAGAGAGCAGAGGUGGCUCUAGCCUGGAGGGGUUAGAUUAGCUCCCCCUUGUCCCCGUGCUGCUGUGUUCCAGGUUCAGCGGUGCUAGUGACAGAUAAGAGUUCCCCCUGUGGUCUUCCUUUACUCCUCAGGACCCGGCUCCUUCACAUAUCAGAGGCUCCCGGAGCCUUUUUUGGAGCAAUAAGACUUCAAAACGAGCGUUACCCAUCGUCGUGGAAAUCCUCCAUCGCGCGCGUUGUGUGUCUUCUCUGUAUGCAGUACCGGGUCUGGGUUUAAGCCUGUUAAAUUUUUGGGGCAGUUGCUUACGGGGCACGCACUGGGACACCUCUCCCUUUCAGCCUUGGCGUUGAAACAAAGCAAAUUUUGCCAGAUUCACCCAUUUCUCUGCCAUCUGCCCCAGGGCUUUGAGCUCCGAGGGUGACGCUCGGGCUGAGCUGCUGCGGGAGCACGCAGGGGCCGUACGGGGGCUCUUGGUGUCCCCAUCCUGGUGCCUGCCCCCUCCCCAGCAGCUCCUCCCUGGGUCUCCUGCUCCAUCCUCCAGCAGAACCCAGCUGCUCUGCAGCACAGCCAGGUCCUGGCCACACCAGGAGGUGCUGGAGCCCCAACAGCAACGUGCGCACCGGGGGCACGGGGGCUGCCUGCCCCAGGACCCCUGCAGCCCUGCCCCAAGGUAGUGAUGAGAGCACAAGGCUUAAACCCAGACUCCCAACUAAAGAUAAUGACGUUAGCGAAUGAAUCUGUAUUAUUUUUUUUUUUUGCACAGAAGCUGGUAAUCUAGGACCUACGUGUGAACAACUUUAUAUAAAUAUUUUUUGUACUUGGUUUACUCGGGUUGGUAUGAUGAGAUGUUCUAUUUAAGUUCUUCGAACACUGUGGAUGCCCUGAUGUGAAUGAGUGGCAGAGGCUUUGUAAAUUAAGAGACGUUUGUGUGAAUAAAGCUAUGUGAUGGGGUUGAAAAGCCACACACAAUUUGAAACACGA